CGAACGCGGUGGGGAAGAAUGGGAAUUAGAAAGGCUCCAGAUGGCACUCGCGUCGCUAGAUCACCGGCAAUCGCCGGUCCCCGCUGCUCGCCCGCGUUGAAGCCCCUACUUCCGGUUCCUUCUUUAUAACCUCCCUCGGCGCCUUAUUUGGCGAUUAAAGCCGCGGAGCUGCCCGAGAUCCACUUCCCACAAAAGGCUUCUCCAUCAAGUGGUUCUCCGAGUAGGCGGGAUCUUUAGGGUUGAACCAUUUGGUAGGAGAGGGAACAUGGAGGAGAAUGCUGGACUUCUAAAGGUGACCAUCGUGCAAGGGAGGAAGCUGGCUAUUCGCGAUUUUACCAGCAGCGAUCCCUACGUUGUGGUCAGAGUAGGAAAUCAGACUGCAAAGACAAAGGUCAUCAACAGUUGCUUAAAUCCUGUUUGGAAUGAAGAGCUAACAUUCUCCACGAAAGAACCUCUUGGUGUCUUAAAACUGGAGGUGUUCGAUAGGGACCGGUUCAAAUCAGAUGACAAGAUGGGUCAUACUUUUCUUGACCUUCGGCCACUUGCCUCAGCUUCAAAGUUGAAGCGAGCACUGCAGCUAACUACAGGCGAGACCAUGUUGAGGAAAGUGGCAGCUAACAGCGACAAUUGCCUCUUGGCUGACACCUCUGUCACAUACGCGAAUGGUGAGAUUGUGCUUGAUGUCCGUUUGAAGCUUCGUGAUGUUGAAUCAGGUGAAUUAUAUGUGACGGUCAAGUGGAUUGAUCACCCAACUACUACUUCUGUGGAAGAGGCUAGAUAAAUUUAAGAUACUUGUUUUUAAUCUUUCAUUCAUUUAGCACUGAAAAAGCAGGCUUUUCAGCAUCCUGCUGUCUUGCUCAGGCCUGGUUUAAGUUAAGAGGCAGUUGGGUCUAUUCAUAUCAGUGCUCUGUUUCUAAGUCCUGUAUCUUUUCAUAACUGCCCCUCUUUAAAGAGGUUUUGUCAAAGACAUGAUUAGAUUCAAACUGUCACACUGCAGCAGACUGCGUUGCUAAGGAGAAAUUAUAUCCUAUAUGGCAUACGCCAUUUUUAUUCUGUA